GUUUCCAAGCUGAUUUGAAACAUUACUAAUGACUUAUUCUCAGAUUGACAUGUUUUAGGCCUAAUUAUGCAUUUUAAUGAUAAAUGGCAAACGCAUUCCCGCUGGCACAAACAUCGGCAUCUCGCCCCUUUACCUGGGUCGCCGCGAGGAGCUCUUCAGUGAGCCCAACAGCUUCAACCCGGAGCGCUUCAAUGUAGUCACAAGCGCCGAGAAGCUCAAUCCCUAUGCCUACAUACCCUUCUCUGCGGGGCCGCGCAACUGCAUUGGUCAAAGUUUGCCAUGCUCGAGAUUAAGGCCAACGUCCUGCGUCACUACCACAUCGACUUUGUCGGUGACACAACGUAGCCGCCUGUGGUCAUUGCUGAACUGAUAUUGCGCACCAAGGACCCGCUACUGUUCAAGCUGCAGGAUCGCGUCUACUAACCACAAUCGCAUUCUCGCGUAAAGCGAUUUCUGUAUCUGUAAAUAAUAAUGAAACCCCUUAAAACGUACAGCUGGGC